CAGUGCGGCGUAUGGGGGACGUUCCGUCGAGUGUUUACGCGCGUAAUGGCGGCGGACAGGCUGUGAUGAGCCUCGGCGGAGAAACACAGCCAGCGAUCAGCCCUCGGUCAGUUUCCACAGCGGCGACACGGAAGAACACGAACAUGCAGAUCACGCUGAAAACCCUCCAGCAACAGACGUUCAAAAUCGACAUCGAUGCGGAGGAGACGGUGAAGGCCCUGAAGGAGAGGAUCGAGGUUGAGAAGGGGAGAGAUCAGUUCCCUGUGGCGGGGCAGAAGCUGAUAUAUGCAGGAAAAAUCCUGAGCGAUGACACGGCUCUCAAGGAGUACAAGAUCGAUGAGAAGAACUUUGUGGUGGUGAUGGUAGCAAAGCCCAAAGCAUGUCCUGCAUCGCUCCCUUCACCUGCUGCUCCAGCGGUCAGCACAGAGUCCUCCAGCACUACCCCAGCCCUGACCCCUUCAUCAGAAACACAGUCUGAGAGCAGGACUGAAGAGGAGAAGCCCCCCAGCGGUGCGGAGACCUCCUCUACACCCGCCAGUUCUUUGCUGAAUGCAGACAUCUUUGAAGAGGCGACGGCAGCGCUGGUGACGGGUCAGUCCUACGAGAACAUGGUGACAGAGAUCAUGCUGAUGGGAUACAAGAGAGAGCGAGUGGUGGCCGCACUGAGAGCCAGUUUCAACAACCCUGACCGCGCCGUGGAGUACCUGCUCACGGGUAUCCCAGCGGAGAGUGAGGGUGGUGUGGGAGGGGCUGACCCCGUGGCUCCUCCUCCUGUUGUGUCCACAAGCCUCUCUUCAGUGUCCAGCACCGCCCCGUCACAGACCAGCACAGGAUCAGGCGCUAAUCCUCUGGAGUUCCUGAGGAACCAGCCUCAGUUCCUGCAGAUGAGACAGAUCAUCCAGCAGAACCCGUCUCUGCUACCAGCUCUCCUACAGCAGAUCGGCAGAGAGAACCCUCAGCUGCUGCAGCAAAUCAGCAGUCAUCAGGAGCAGUUCAUCCAGAUGCUUAAUGAGCCGGUGCAGGAGGCGGGGCAAGGAGGUGCAGGGGGCGUGGCUGAGGCUGGAGGCGGAGCCAUGAACUACAUCCAGGUCACACCUCAGGAGAAAGAAGCUAUCGAGAGGCUAAAAGCCCUUGGAUUCCCAGAAGGACUCGUUAUACAGGCUUACUUUGCUUGUGAGAAGAAUGAAAACUUGGCUGCAAACUUCCUUUUACAACAGAACUUUGAUGAUGAUUAGAGGAGUGGCCCCCCAUCAAUCCCCUCUCAUGGGUUUUUGUUUUUCAGUGAUCAUUUUUUGAGAAGAAAAUCUACACACACACACACACACACACACGGGCUGUGGUAUUCUGUCUGAUUCUACACACUGGAUGACAUGAGCACGUCCGUCUGGAGAUGAGCACAUCAUUGUUCGUCUCC